GAUGAUAAAAUUUUCCUUAUACUUUCCACAAAGUACAGGAAAAUUAUGAUGACUGAUUUCCGAAGCCUUUUCGUAUUUGUUUUCCUGUAUCAGCUGGACUUGAGAUGCGAUAACCUUUGACAUAGAGAUGUGGCAGACAAUUCGAAACGAGACAGUAGCAUCAAGUGUCGCGAUGUUUAAAUUAAUACCGUUUUUUCUUUGCGUCAACUCCGUUUUUGGUUACUUUACACUAACUGGGAAAUGUCCUGAUAGUGUUAAAUUGCAAGAAAAUUUUAAACUGGCUGAUUUCUACGGCAAGUGGUAUCAGGCCUACCAUUACUCUAGUGAUGAUCAGCACAAUAACAACUGCUCCACACUUGAACUACUGACCAGACCUUCGGGUAUUUAUUUGAACCAAUCUAGAGUUGACUUGGGGCUAUUUCAUCGCUAUAGUGUCGGAAAAGUGGAAAUACCUCAAAGAGAAGAGGAUGCCUCGUCGUUAUAUCUUGUGUUUGCAUUCAAGAAUGCCCCGAGACGACUGAAAAUUCGAAGAUAUCCAUUCCAUGUUCUCGCUACUAACUACAAUUACUAUGCUACUAUUUAUUCCUGCGAAUAUAGCCCGCUUAUUGACAAACAUUUCAUCUACGUCUGGAUUCUUUCAAGACAUCCAAUAUUGAAUGACGUAUCUAAACAGCUUGCUUCAAAGCCCCUGGAGUUAAUUGGACUAGAUUCCACGAAGCUAUGGAAAGAUGAUAUGAGUAAAUGUACUCCGAAGUACUAUGAAGAUUUUCCUGCUGAACCAACUACCUUCAGAUUUCCCGUUCCUAUUUAGGAAUGAAUUAAUGUGAUGAAAUGAUUUAGGUAUUGUCGGAAUAUAGCUACUGCUGCUAAAGCUAAAUAAAUGCUACUAAAGCUAAA